AUGGUGGCGCACGCAAGCCUCUCCGCCGCGCUUGUCGGUGCGCUGGCCACAACGGUAUUGGGCCACGGCAUGGUCACGAGCUUCAAGACCGACGGCAAGGCAAACCAGGGCUUCAUCCUGGACUACUACUACGCCAAGGUCAAUGGGCAACCCGUUCCCGACAUCGCAGCAUGGUAUGCAGAGAACCUGGAUAGUGGCUUCGUCGCGCCGAACGAGUACCAGACAGCCCACAUCAACUGCCACAAGAACGCCUCGCCAGGAACCCUCACGACAUCGGUUUCCGCUGGUGGCACAGUCCAAUUCAACUGGCCAGCAACAUGGCCUCACCCUUACGGGCCCAUCCUCACCUACAUCGCCAAAUGCAGCGGCGACUGCACCAAGGCGGACAAGAGCAGCCUCAAGUGGGUCAAGAUCGAGGAGGCCGGCAUCGAUUACGCGACGCAGAAGUGGGCUUCCCAGACUCUGAUCGACCAAGGCGGUGUCUGGACCACCAAGGUGCCCAAGUCGAUCGCCCCGGGCAACUACGUCUUCCGCCACGAGAUCAUCGCCCUUCACGGAGCUGGCUCGCCCAACGGCGCCCAGAACUACCCGCAGUGUUUCAACAUCCAAAUCACGGGCUCCGGCACGGCGAACCCGACGGGCGUGGCGGGGACAGCGCUGUACAAGAGCACCGACCCCGGCAUUCUCUUUAACCCCUACACCACCAUCACAGACUACAAGAUUCCUGGCCCGGCCCUGUUCAGCGGUACCUCAGCAGAUAAAACGAUAAAAACGUUUCCACUUCGGCCAGCUCUGCCUCUCCUCCUCCUCCUGCGCCUUGAUCGCCCCCAGCCUCCCAAAAUCCCUCCUCCCCGUAUCAAUAUCCAUAUCCUCCACCCUUACAAACCCCGUCCGAAACCAAAUCUUAUGGCCCAGCCAAAACACCAACACCACCGGCAGCGCAAGACAUUGCACAAAAAAGUUCUGCGCCCGGCUACUCACAUCCCACUCCUCGCCAUCAUCCCUCGGCAGCGGCGCAAUGGCCACCCACACCUGCGCAACCAGCACCAAACAAUUACACGCGAACCCCAGCCAACUCCCCAACACCCCCGCCUGUGCCUUGAACGGCAUCUCGCCCACCUCCCGCCGGCGGUACGCCCACGCCUUACGCAGUCUCACAUGCGCCAGACACGUACUCGCCCACGUAAACACGGUGCUCAGCCCGCUGACUGCCAGCAACCAAUCAAACACGGGGCCGUGGCGGUCCGAGUUAGCCAGGUACGCAAGCGGACCGACCGCCGAGACGGUGAGCACCGCGACGAGGGGGCGGCCGCGGCGGUCGACAUAGGCGAAUAUGCGUGGUGCCUGGCCCUGCUCGGCGAGGGCCGCCAGGGUGCGCGACGAGCCGAAGACGGAGGAGUUGCCGACGGAGAUGACGGAGACGAGGAUGACGCCGUUCAUGAUGGAGGGGAGGAUGGUGGCGCCGGCGCUCUCGAUGGCGAGGACGAAGGGGCUGGCGGAGGCGUCGGCGAUGCUGGUGGCGCUGAGGAGGCGCGGGUCGGUGUGGGGGACGAGGAGCCCGACGAGGGCGAGGGAGACGAUAUAGAAGAGGGUGAUGCGCCAGAAGACUUGUUCGAUGGCGGUGGGGAGCGAUUAGCGCGGGUUGGCGGUCUCGGCGGCGGCGAGGCCGACCAGUUCGGUGCCGGCGAAGGCGAAGGCCGCGGUCACGAAGACGGCGCAGAGUCCCUUUAA